AUGAAUAAACACAACAAGAGUCCCGCACUGUUAGUCAAAAAGCUGAGUGAGAAGGCAAGAUUGCCAAAGCGUGGGUCGUCUCAAGCCGCUGGAUAUGAUUUGUAUAGUUCUACGAAUACGAUUAUACCCGCGCAUGGUAAAGCUGUAGUUCCGACUGAUCUGUCUAUUUGCGUACCAGAGGGUACAUAUGGGCGAGUUGCACCAAGGAGCGGAUUGGCAUUAAGACAUUUCUUGGACUGCGGAGCUGGCGUAAUAGAUGCCGACUAUCGUGGACCUGUUGGCAUUCUUAUGUUUAACUUUAGCGAACACGAAUAUCAGGUCUGCGAAGGAGAACGCAUAGCUCAAUUAAUUCUCGAACGAAUAUGUACUCCCGAUGUUAUCGAAGUAGGAGAGCUUAGUGACACUGCACGCGGAAAUGGUGGAUUCGGUUCAACCGGAAUCCGAUAA